AUGGAAAUUUUACCAUCAGAAACUCGGUAUUUAGGUCGUAAACGAACAAUUAUUCUUGCUGCCAUAAUGGUCGAUGCGUUUCUACCAUUAUUUGUUCUUCCUGCAAUAAAAUCUUUCUAA